AUGGAUCCAUCAUUUGUUGAUUGUUCGUGCCCUAUUUCAGGCUGUCCUGUCAUUGGCUCAUCUGAAAUUAUUUAUGCUCACUGCAAAAUGAUGCAUAAUCACUCUGUUACUAAUUUUGAUUUUGAUAGCAGUUUUGUUGUUUCACUUAGAGUUGAUUAUGAGUCUUUUGUUGUUUUACAAGAGAACAACUCCAAUGCUGUAUUUGUUUUGCACAACAAUUCACAACCUACUGGAAACAUUUUAACAUUGAGUCGUCUUGCACCGUCAUCAAGUAGCCCCCACUAUUUUGUUAUUGAAAAAAAAUUUAGUGAUGGUAGAUGCAUAAAGGUUGAAUCUUUUGCUGGCAAUUUUCAAUCCAUUGAAGCUUAUAACAGGCCUCCAGUAGCCACUGUUUUUGGUGGAAGUUGUACAUUUGUUGCUGAAUGUUUCACAAAUUUGGAUAUCAUCGUGUAUGCUGAUACUGCAAGGCUUAUAGACCCCCCCUUACAAGACGAUUCAGAUUCAGAUUCAGAUUCAGGUUAUUUAGUAUUUACGGUAUAUACAGUUUCUUGGUGA